GAAGGGAAGGAGUAGUGCAUUUGUUAAGAAGAAGAUGCUUGAAUCUUUUAGUGGACCUGCUUUCAGCAAACUUGUUUUUCAGCAAUGGAAGAGUUAAUAGUUGAACUGCGUCUCUUUCUUGAACUCCUGGACCAUGAAUAUCUAACCUCAACUGUCAGGGAGAAAAAGGCAGUGAUAACCAACAUUCUGCUGAGGAUACAGUCAUCCAAAGGCUUUGAUGUGAAAGACCAUGCUCAGAAGCAGGAGACCGCUAGCAGCCUGCCGGCCCCUCCUCAGAUGCCCCUGCCGGAGAUCCCUCAGCCCUGGCUGCCUCCUGACAGUGGGCCUCCGCCAUUGCCAACGUCCUCCCUCCCAGAAGGUUACUAUGAGGAAGCUGUGCCGCUGAGCCCCGGAAAAGCUCCGGAAUACAUCACAUCAAAUUAUGAUUCUGAUGCGAUGAGCAGCUCUUACGAAUCGUAUGAUGAAGAGGAGGAGGAUGGGAAGGGGAAGAAAACCCGGCACCAGUGGCCCUCCGAGGAGGCCUCCAUGGACCUGGUCAAGGACGCCAAAAUCUGCGCCUUCUUGUUGCGGAAGAAGCGGUUCGGCCAGUGGACCAAGUUGCUCUGCGUCAUCAAAGACACCAAACUGCUGUGCUAUAAAAGUUCCAAGGACCAGCAGCCUCAGAUGGAACUGCCGCUGCAAGGCUGCAACAUUACGUACAUCCCAAAAGACAGCAAAAAGAAGAAGCACGAGCUGAAGAUAACUCAGCAGGGCACGGACCCGCUGGUGCUUGCCGUCCAGAGCAAGGAGCAGGCCGAGCAGUGGCUGAAGGUGAUCAAAGAAGCCUAUAGUGGUUGUAGUGGCCCCGCGGAUUCAGAGUGUCCUCCUCCACCGAGCUCCCCGGUGCACAAGGCGGAACUGGAGAAGAAACUGUCUUCAGAGAGACCCAGCUCGGAUGGGGAGGGCGUGGUGGAGAAUGGAAUUAGCACAUGCAAUGGAAAGGAGCAAGUGAAGAGGAAGAAAAGUUCCAAAUCCGAGGCCAAGGGCACUGUGUCGAAAGUCACUGGGAAAAAAAUCACCAAGAUCAUCAGUCUGGGAAAGAAGAAGCCAUCCACAGACGAGCAGACCUCCUCGGCUGAGGAAGACGUUCCCACGUGCGGCUAUCUGAACGUGCUCUCCAACAGCCGCUGGCGGGAGCGCUGGUGCCGAGUGAAGGAUAACAAGCUCAUUUUCCACAAGGACAGGACCGACCUGAAGACCCACAUUGUGUCUAUUCCCCUCCGUGGCUGCGAGGUGAUCCCGGGUUUGGAUUCUAAACAUCCCCUGACGUUCCGGCUGCUGCGCAAUGGCCAGGAGGUUGCAGUAUUGGAGGCAUCUUCCUCUGAGGACAUGGGCAGGUGGAUUGGGAUUUUACUCGCAGAGACGGGGUCGUCCACAGACCCAGGGGCCCUGCACUAUGACUACAUCGAUGUGGAGAUGUCUGCCAGUGUCAUUCAGACAGCCAAACAAACCUUCUGUUUCAUGAACAGGCGUGUUAUAUCUGCUAACCCAUAUCUGGGGGGCACCUCCAACGGCUAUGCCCACCCCAGCGGGACGGCGCUUCAUUACGACGACGUCCCAUGCAUCAACGGCUCGUGGGAACCAGAAGACGGCUUUCCUGCUUCCUGCAGCAGAGGCUUGGGAGAAGAGGUGCUUUAUGAUAACGCAGGCCUGUACGAUAACUUGCCGCCUCCGCAAAUCUUUGCCCGCUACUCUUCUGCUGACAGAAAGGCCUCUAGGCUGUCUGCUGACAAGCUGUCCUCUAACCAUUACAAAUACCCCGCCUCCGCUCAGUCUGUCACUAAUACCUCUUCUGUGGGGAGGGCGUCUCUCGGGCUCAACUCGCAGCUCAAGGGUAAAAAGCCCCCCGUGGCAUCUAAUGGGGUCACAGGAAAAGGGAAGACUCUGAGCAGUCAGCCAAAAAAAGCGGAUCCUGCGGCUGGUGUGAAAAGGACAGCUUCGAAUGCUGCCCAGUACAAGUAUGGCAAGAACCGGGUAGAAGCAGAUGCCAAGCGGCUACAGACCAAAGAAGAGGAGCUGCUGAAGAGGAAAGAGGCCCUGCGGAAUAGGCUGGCCCAGCUCCGCAAGGAAAGAAAAGACCUUCGAGCGGCCAUUGAAGUGAACGCAGGCAGGAAGCCACAGGCGAUUCUGGAGGAGAAGCUGAAGCAGCUGGAGGAGGAGUGCCGGCAGAAGGAGGCGGAGCGCGUCAGCCUGGAGCUGGAGCUGACGGAGGUCAAGGAGAGCCUGAAGAAAGCACUGGCAGGCGGAGUCACCCUGGGGCUGGCCAUCGAGCCCAAGUCAGGAACAUCGAAUCCACAGUCUCCAGUGUUCAGGCACCGGACCCUGGAGAACUCGCCUAUCUCCAGCUGUGACACCAGUGACACCGAGGGCCCCGUGCCGGUGAACAGCGCGGCUGUCCUGAAGAAGAGCCAGGUGGCCCCGGGCAGCUCCCCCUGCCGAGGACAUGUGCUGCGGAAGGCCAAGGAAUGGGAAUUGAAGAACGGGACAUAGGGGACAGCAGGACUGCUCCAGCCUCAGAGACUGCACACCCCCUUGCCCGUGUCCUCAUCUGUGUGACGGCAGGAAGCUCUGCCCAGAGUGGCCUCAGCUGCGCGACUCCAGAGGCUUCACGACCGAGCUCUGAGGCCAGUGCCUCUCACCCAGGCCCACUUGCAUUCCUUCUACUGUAUACUGGCGCCUUUAAAAAAGAUGUACUUGUAAGACUUUGGUCCCCAACUUUUGUUAAAAAACAAAAAAAGUGAUGGAAAGGUGUUUGAAAGGAUGCUAUCAGGCAAAGUGACAUCUUUCUAACCAGUUAAGCCAUUGCUUUCACCGAUUCCAGCCCAGCCCUGGACUGAGGAUGGAUGGUUCUGUGAGCCCCCAAGUGAAACCUUUCGACGGGGAAGAGCUUGGAUCCCCGGCUGCCCCGGGCAUGAGUGUGGCUGGCGCGUGGGCACUGGGCUCGCCUCGCACACCCACCAGGAGGGCCAGGGGCUUACACAACCCUGACGUGGACUCUGUGUCUUGGCGUACCCUCCCCACGUGCCCGUCCCCCUCGUCAUCAGAGGUAAAGGCAUGAGAAAAUCACGCUGUGAAACAUUUUUUACCUUUUAUUAUUUUUUGGACAGAUGCUUUUGUCACCAAGACAUGAAAAGCUGCCAUUCUUCUUAACCUGUUUUUUAAGAAUUUUUUUUGUUGUGUGUCACACUUAGAUCUAAGGAUUUUUCAGAGGUUCCUUAUUUUAUUAUUUGUGCUACUUUUGACAGGUAGCAGAGGGUUUUAACACUUCACUAACAGUGUGCCCUCCUCCCCCUUGGGCUGGCAUCCCCAGCCCUUAAUCCACAUCGGAGCCGGCAGGUGCUCCUCCCACCAGGAGCCUCUGGGGACAGGGGCUGGCUGCUCGCCACUGUACAGGACGUUUACUGCUGCGUGGGCCAGGGCAGUCCUUUGAAAGGGAAGCAAGUUCUGGAACUUGUUCCCUCAUGGAAUUAUAACAUCUUAGAGCACGAGGCAGGAAUUCCAGGGCCUCCUGCCCCUCCCUCUCCCUUCCUCCAGCUUGUCAAGUUAAACCACUAAUGCAUGGGUGGGCCUGGCCGUGCUGCCUCUCCUGAGUGGGGUGGGUGCGGGUAGGGCCCCUUUCCCAGCUUUCUUACUUGCCUUCUGUGCAAUAUCGCUUGGAGAAUUCAGAUGCCUAAGGCAUAAAGGAAAAAAAAAACAGAGUUCAUGGUUUGAGCUGGUAUCUACUCCCUGGGUUUAAAAGUCAGAUUUAACUUCUUGGUCUCCCGGAGACCGCUGUCAGGAAUUCCCCAUUACGGGAAGAUGCAGUCACUGAUGACAAAAUAAGUCGCCCCUGAAAGCCUCCGCAGGCGGAUUCACGGAGACCAGUCCCAGCAGCGACCGCCCCUUCCCUGAGCAGAGAAUAGAGAGGUGUCACACUUGGUGCAAGCCUUCUGUCCAGUGUCCAGAAUGUCCUUUGUCACGCAGAGGAAGAGACGGCAGGAAAACACUGACAAGGAGUUUCCCCCAGACAUGCUUUCAGAGCGCCAGCCAUGUGGCACACGGGACUGUACAGUUAGGAUUCAUGUUGAAGGUCGUGGUGCCUGAGGCAUGCAGGGGCCACAUUGGAUUACUCGAGCGGAAAAGUGGUCUCCCGUGUAUAAGAAAGUUUUACAAGAACUGGAAGCUGCUGCAGUCCACCUGAAACUUGAAUUGAUCGCAAAGCCAUCUGCCGGGAGCGUGUUGGGUUCCUGAGCCGUCAGCCGGCGUUCCUCCUCUGACGCACGUUCCUCCUGGCCUAGUCCGUGGAGGCCCAUUACACCAGCAUCCGUGAUGCCAGCUUCCCACUAGGACAUCCAGGCAGGUCGGGCGGGGACGCCACACGUCUCAGGGCCGGUCCACUGCGUUGCCAUAGAGGAGCCCUCCCUCCGGUGGGGACUUCCCACCAUUGCAGGCAGCUGGGACCACUUCGUAUCCCACAAAAUGCAUUUUCUAUAAAGGGGAAAACGUUGGCUCCUCCAUCGGUUUUUGCUGCCUUCGGGUCAGAUAGUUUCCCCAGUUGAGGCUCUUGGGCCAUUCCGAUUGGCAGCCUGCUUUGCCGAAGAGAACUGUGCGAGGUUUUGGUGGUUAGGAGAAGUGGGAGAUGGCCAGCCUGAAGUCUCAGUCCUGGCCCAGCACAGGGGGGCAGCGGCGAGCCGGCAGGUGAAGCGGUGUGUCACAUGGGCCUGAGCCGUCACCCGCCAGCUUCCUCACCGGGUAAGGAGGCCCCAGAGCCUUAGCAGGGACUUGCCCAAGGGCACAGCUGAUUGGUGCUCGACUCCCAGCAUGCACAUUUUGUUUUAAAAACCCAGGCUUGUAAUUCACUGCCACAACCAUAAGCCUUUUAAAGAGGAGGCAAACUUUCACGAAUCCCAUUGUGGUCCAUAGAGCCUUUCAAAAUGGGUGCCCUGGAAGGGGGCCCUGACAUUGGAUUCCCUCAAUGCCAGAUACUCCCUUGAAAUUUCGCAUUUGAUCAGAAAGUUUAAAGCAUUUACUUCAGAAUAAGUUAUUUAUUUGUAUAUGUUCAAUAAAUAGUUUUUAAUUUA